UGAUAGUUAAAAUUGGUUGCUUUUUAUUUAUAGAUUGAUUGCUUAUUUUGGUAAAAGAACAUCCACUUGUAUAUGCACUUAAUGAGCUUGUUUAAUCUGCUUGCUGACCUGCCCUUUUUUGUAUAAUGAGCUCAUGGAAAUUCCAUAUCUUUCACAUUUUUCUUUUGACAUUUCAUGAAUUACUCUAAAAUUUACUGCAAGCUGUGACUCAUCAGUCAACUUUCUGAUUGGCGUAUAGAAUAAGCAUAAGGAUAUGGGCUGCAUAGUGUCUACAGCGAACGAUUCUGGUGGAAAUAGAAGGAGACCAGGGAAUAUAGGAGAAGUUUUUGUUUAUAUACCUGGUUUUAGAAUACCAAAACCCGUUGAUUUCUCAGUGUCGCUGGGUGACCAGUUGUCAAAGAAUUUAGUGGAACGCCUGUCGGCUUUAAGAACUCGUAUAGUUGUUAUGGCCGGCCAAGAAGCGCCAACAGUCACAAGAACAAAGAGAAAAAGUGCUACUCAACAUGGAGGUUCAACAUUGGCCGAUCUUCAUCAGGCUCUUGAAGAUUACUUGCCUGUUCUACUGGGAUUAGUUAAAGAUGGAAGCCAUCUACAACACAAUGUACAAUUUGUGUGGGUAAACCAAGAAGAUGAUGCAGAGGAAUCGGCUAUGUCUAAUGCAUGGUAUGAGGUGUUAUCAGUUUUGCACUUAAUGGCAAUGUUAUUAUUGUCGCAAGCCAACUUGUUACUUCUUCCAAGAACAUCUACUGAUGGAUAUCAGCCAAAAGUAUCAGCAGAGAGCAGGCGUGCAUCCAUUGAUAUUUUUUUGAAGGCUGCCGGAUACUUGGAUUGUGCAGUCCGACAUGUGCUCCCACAGUUUCCUGCUGUACUAAGGAGAGACUUGCCAGUGGACUUGGCAGAAGGAGUUCUUAGAGCACUUUGUUUGCAAGCUUUGGGGCAGGUUGUUGACAUUCAACUUGGAAUGGCAAUUGAUAGUGCCAAAGCCACUCUUGCAGUAAAGCGAAGGCUUGCAUGUGAGAUGGUGAAGUACUGGCAGCAGGCUCAAGAUAAUCUAAUGAAUCUUCCAUUAGCAAAUGGUUGGGGGGAAAAGCACCGGCUUUUUGUAAAAUGGAAAUAUGUGGAAGCAAAGGCUGCAGCAUAUUAUUAUCAUGGUUUGAUUCUUGACGAGGGGAAUACGGAGAAAUCUCAUGGCAUGGCUGUAGCUGCAUUGCAAGCUGCAGAUGAAUACUUUAAGGAGAGUAGGAGAGCAUGUGAGGCAUUUAAUGCAGCUUCUCCCUUGUCCAGAAAUCCACCACUUUGGGGAACAGAGAAAUAUAUGUCAGAGAAGAUUCCGAAAGAAACUUCCAGCAAGGUGCGAAUCAACCGUGAUCUGUACUCUCACGAAAAAAUAAUGGAGACAGCACCAACAUUACCGGAUUUUGCAUUGUCGCUAAAACCCGAUGAAUACCAGCUUUCUCCGGUGGACUCGUCCUGGAAUGAAGAGAAUGUAAAUCAGCUUACGGGAUAGAUAAAUUGCACAGCUCAAAAGAAACAACAGAUGUUUCAUUCUUCAAUAUGUGUACCAAAGGUUCACUUUUUACUUUUUUUUUCUUAUUUUUUUCCCUUUUCCUUACCACAAAUAUUUGUAGCUUACCCUUGUGAUAGAGCUUUGUACAAGUUCCUUGGUUUGUAAAUCUCAUAAUACUGGAAAAGGGUUCCAUCUUUCUCCAUAAUUCUUAAAUUGAUUAUAGCAAUCAAAAGUGAUUUUCUUUUCAA